GCAUAAACACGCAAUUUCGCUAAUAAAAAGGCCAAAGAGUUGGCUCAUUUCAUUGUGCUUCUCCCCAAUAUUUUGCAUCUUAUUACUCUUAAUAUUGUGCUUAUUCUUCUUCUUCUUCCUUAACUAAAUAUACAGCUCUUUUUUCUCCCUUUUGUCAUAUAUGGAGAAUUAUACAGGAUUUCAAAGAGUGAAACAUGUAGGAGCUAUGACUUUGGCUGCAGUGUUGCUAGGGGGAAACAUUAUAUUGUCAAAAGUUGCAGCAGAUGAUGGUAUGACUAUGAGAGUUAUGGUUGCUUAUAGGUGGAUCUUUGCCACUGCCUUUCUCGGUCCCAUUGCUCUCGUAGUUGAAUGGAAUAAGCGGCCAAAACUAACUUGGACCGUCAUUUUGCAGGCAUUUCUGUCGGGGCUACUAGG